AAGUGACGGCUACACGCUACCUUACGUUAGAAAUUGUCAAUGUAGGUUGCAGAGUACAGUAGACUACCAAUCGUACUUUAGUUUGUAAUGAUAUUUUAUUAAAAAUUCCUCUUCGCUACAUCCCGGUCGAUGUUUAUGGAUUGCCAGAAGUUGACGUGUCUUUGAACAGACUUCCAGGUAACGUUACGAAAAUGCCAUUGCAUGGAAAAAUAGUCGUGAUUAAGAGGAGUGGAGGAGAUGGGACUGAAUUUCCUCUGACUGCAACAUGCUUAUUUGGAAGGAAGCCUGAUUGCGAUAUUCGUAUUCAGCUCCCUCAAGUCUCCAAGGAGCACUGCAGAAUUGACUUGAAUGAAAAUAAAGAGGUCAUUUUGACAAAUUUGAGCUCAGUAAAUCCAACCCGUGUGAAUGGAGAGGCUUUGCAACAGUCUGAGCGUUUGAAGCAUGGAGAUGUGAUAACUAUUAUUGACCGUUCUUUCAGGUUUGAGUACCCUCCAGCACCCACACCAAAGAAGAGGUCUUCCGUUGGAGGCAAAACUGAAACCUUCAAAGUUCUUCAAGAUCAGCAAGUAGGGGACACUGUCACUGCUGAAACGGGAGAGAGGAGGAUCUCAGAAGUGUCCACAGGACCUCAUCUGAAAGAUGGAACUAACCAUGACAACAUCCAGCGAUCCCUGGAGAAAACUGUGGAUGUGGAGUCCAAGGAGGAUGAUAGCUUGCUGCAAAACAAGACCACCUCCCCAUUCAACGAUCUGUAUCAAAUGAUCAAAAAAUCUCUGGAUGUGAAGACCCCUCGGAAAUCUUCUGCCAGUCUGCUUCAAACACCUACCUCAAGGUUUUGCACUCCAAAACCUGCUUCGGUCAGGAAGAAUGGUGGAAACCCUGUCAUUUCCUCAGGAGAGAACAGCACUCCUAAGAAGGAUGAAGCUAAAGUCUCUUCUGGAGGUGAUGAUACUAAAGAGGAUGCCGAAAAUAUUCGUGAUGGGACCCCAAAGUCUGUAAAGAAGCAGAGGAAGUCCUUCCAGGUUCCUUCUACCGAGAUGGCCAGACCUGGACCUGAAACUGUUGUCAAGUCUGAGGCAACUUCACCCCAGAAGAGAAACCAUGCAAGCCCCCAGAGGUUUACUGUGUGUGAGGUUAUUGACCAAGUCUGCACUCAAACGCCCAAGUCACCUAUGAGAAGGAGAAGCAAGGAGGCCACACCAGCCGAACCGACAGUGACCAAGGAACAAGAAAAGCAAGCAGUGAAAUCUCCCAAAACAAAAUCUCUUGAAAAGGCGUCACCAAGGAACACAGGGAAAGUUGAAAACGUGAAAGGAACGUCCCAAAAACGCAAAAGUGGAAAUCUUGCAGCUGACUUGCCCACAGCUAAAAUGAAGAAGAAACGGGUUUCCUUUGGAGGUCACCUGAGUCCUGAGCUAUUUGACAAACGACUUCCUCCUGACUCUCCGUUACGCAAGGGGGCCACUCCGCGCAGAAGCCUGUGUCUGCUUAAACCCAAACAGUCACUCCUUAGACGAGCAUCAGUCAUUGGCUUGCUACAGGAGUUUGAACAGGAGCAUCCUGGUAGCCCAAAUGUGCGAAGUCCUGCAAAAAUGAGGACUCCAUCACCUAAGAAGUCAUCAAGUGCCAAGAAUGCUUCUCCUAAGACUCUAGCAACUGGAAAGAAGUCACCAAAAUCCAGGUCCCCGUCUCCCAAGGCUGCAUCUCCUGCAAAGAAAUCCCCCAAAUCAAAGACCCCUUCUCCCAAUGCAGCAACUCCUGCAAAGAAAUCCCCCAAAUCAAAGGCCCCUUCUCCCAAGGCAGCAACACCUGCAAAGAAAUCCCCCAAAUCAAAGACCCCUUCUCCCAAGGCAGCAACACCUGCAAAGAAAUCACCCAAAUCAAAGACCCCCUCUCCCAAAGCAGCAACUCCUGCAAAGAAAUCACCCAAAUCCAGGUCCCCUUCACCCAGGGCUCCAUCACCUGGAACAAAGUCACCAAAAUCCAAGAGUCCAUCUCCUGCAAGCGAAAGGUCGUCCUCUAAAAACAAAGUGGAAACUCCGGGAUUCCAGACCCCCACAGUACGAGGGCGCUUCUCCGUGUCACACAUCAGCACACCAUCUCCAGUUGCAGAAGAAACUGUUACUGACCAGAUGCCUUUAGCCACUGUAACUCCUAAAUUACCCCUGAGGAGGAAGAGCAUGAAGAGCACCUCACGGAAGACUCCAAGUAUCGCAAAGAGUGCUGUAAAAGUAUUGAGCAGAAGAAGUGGAAUUUCACGGGCAUCUAUGAAAGUUUCAAAUUCCUGGGCCGACAUUGUGAAAUUUGGGCAAACUAAGGCUGGAGUGGCAGCUCCAGCUAAAAUAGCAGUCCCCAAAAAGACAGCGAAGAAGGCUUUGUCCAAACUCCAGACCCCUGCAAGAAAACUCAAAGGCCAUGUCAGCACUGGACAUGCAGAUUCCCCUGUGACUAUUGUUGUGGGCAGAGCUCACAAACAAAAGGUUGUACAUCCAACUGGUGCUGCACCAAGACUUGUCACCAACAUCACAGUCCUUAAAAAGAACAUGAAAAUGGAUGAGGACUUGACGGGAAUUUCUGAAAUGUAUAAAACCCCUGUAAAUGAAAAGAAGAGGAGAUCUGUAGUCAAUGACAACAGUGCCAUGACAACUCCACUGGGAGGCCUGGGCGCAUCUGUGGUAGAACCAUCAGUGUUGAACACACCAGAGGAGCCAGGUGAAAUGAUCGUGUCACCAUUGAGUGUUUCCUCCACGGUAAAAGACAGAAAAUACAACAGUGAGGCAGUCCAGCGCCUCCUUCAUGGAGAUCAAGAAUCUAGCUUCAUCACUGACAUCCCUGCCAUGGAGACUCAUUCAGAUGAUUCAGGUGAACAGCAGUGCACAGAUUUGAAGACAACCUCUGUAACAACUCCCAGUCAGAAGCCAGAAUUACCAGAGUGUCUGACUGGAGUGAAGAGGAUCAUGAAGACUCCAAGGCAGAAGCCUGAACCUGUUGAGGACUUGAGAGGGAGACUCCUGAAAACCCCUAAACAGAAGCCUGAGCAGCAGGAGUGUCUGACUGGAGUGAAGAGGAUCAUGAAGACCCCAAGACAGAAAGCUGAGCCUGUUGAGGACCUGCGAGGGAAGAUUUUGAAAACUCCCAAGCAGAAACUUGAACAACAAGAGUGCCUCACUGGAGUUAAAAGAAUUUUCAGUACACCACAACAGGAAGCUGAACCUCUGCAAAACCUUCAAGGAAAACUUCUGGAAACUCCCAAAACCCCAGAGGCUGGUGAUGUGAGUCCGGGUGGUGUUGAGGAAAUUGUGGAGACAGCAGCAGACAGGAAAGAAUCUGAAGACCUAUCUGAAAUAGCAGACAUGAAAACUCCAAACCCGAAGAGCUCCCCAUUGGUGUGUUUCACUGGUAUCAAGAGAAUAAUGAAGACACCGAAGGAGAAAAGUGCUCCAGUUGAGGAUAUGGUUGGUGUGAAGAGGCUCAUGAAAACUCCCAGAGAAAAGAUGGAACCUGUUGAGGAGAACUUCGGUAUCAAGAGACUCGUGAAGUCACCGAGGCUGAGGGGUAAUGCACCAGUGGAAGACUUUGAAGGACUUCAGGAGCUCAUGGAGGAGCCACCGACUGAUCCAACAAGACAACUGGACACAAACGAGGUUGAAGGUCAAAUUUCUCUGGAUUGUGGUGUGGACAUUGCAAAAGAACUAGACUUUGCCCAUGAGGAGCCACAAGACGAUGUGCCAUCAGAUGUGAUCAAUAAUGUUCCCCAUAUUAACAUGGAAAAAGAAGCAGACGCAAAUGAAGUUGUCGUUGGAGACCACGUAGAGGAGGUGCCAAGUAAACAAGAUAAUGAUGAAUCCUCACAUGCCAUGGAAACUAUCUCUCAAUUAGAAAAUCCCAAGGUGGAUCCAGCAGAUGAGAAUUUACCUGAGGAACAACCUAAAGUAGAGGGAGUAGAUAAGAAUGGAUCUGAAGAACAACCCAAAGUGGAGGCAGUAGAUGCGAAUGGAUCUGAAGAACAACCCAAAGUGGAGGCAGUAGUUGAGAAUGGAUCUGAAGAACAACCUGAAGUGAAGACUGCUUCUUGCAACGUCUCAGAAAUGGACACUGCUGCCACAGAUCCUGACCGCAAGAAGAAACCUGUUCGAGGCAGAAGGGCAAAAACAGUGGAAUCUAAAUCAGCUGAGGAUAAACAGGAGGCAGCAGAACCUUCUGAAGAUCCUGUUGUCCCUGCUCCAGUAAGAGGAAGAAGAGGGAAGAAAACUGAAGCUACUGCUCCUCCUGCUGUUAGACAAACGACAAGAAGCAGAAACGCAAAGACCGCUGAAAGCAGGGACGUCGAGCUCACAGUGGAGAAAAGUGCCUCUUUGCCUCCCAAAGCUGCCCUUAAGCCUAAAAGAGGAAGAAAUGCCAAAAAUACUUCUGAUGAUCAAGCUGAAAUGGUCGAAGAGGUUGCCACUGAAACUGAAAUGGUGCCAGAACCUGAGAGUGAGCCUCCCUCAGCUGAUGUCGACCAUGAAGCGAAUGUGAGUGCAGCACCCCCUGAGAAGGUUGUGUCGAAGCCCAAACGAGGAAGAAAAACUAAACAACCCGAGCAGACAGUGGCGAAGCCGCAAGAUGUGCCGUGUACUCACAGCGAUGAAGUUCCCCAAGCUGACAUUGCAGAAGAAGCAGAUUCAAGUGAAGUCUGCAGUGACAAGCUGGAGGUUGUGCCCAGUGGAAAAGAUGAAAAUAAAUGCCCAGACGCCAUGAAAACUGUUUCCCAGGCACCUGCAGCUGAGAGUUUACCUGAAGCGGAGACAGCAACUUGCAAAGUCACUGAAAUGAAUGCAGUUAUUGUUCAGACGAAACCUGUUCGAGGCAGAAGGGCAAAAGUGAUGGAAUCUAAAUCAGCUGAGGAUAAACAGGAGGUAGCUGAACAUCCUGAAGAUCCUGUUGUCCCUGCUCCGGUAAGAGGAAGAAGAGGGAAGAAAACUGAAGCUCCAGCACCACCUGCUGUUAGACAAACUACAAGAAGCAGAAAUGCAAAGUCUGAUCAGCCUGAAAUGGUGCCAGAGAAAGCUGUGGAAACAACACUGGUGACGAAGAUUUCCACUGAAGCUGUGAGUGACCAGAUUUCCCUGGCUAAUCCACAUCAAGAAGAAACUGAUCCUGCUCCAGAGGAAGCUGCCGUGAAGCCAUUGAGAGGGAGAAAAACUAAACAAACAGCUGUUGAGCCGCUUCAACCAGAGCCAGAGAAAGUUGUGAGUGACGAGAAUCCUGUGGCAGAUGCUCAACCUCAAAAGUCCAUUCCUACUGUUGGAAAACCCAGAAGAGGGAGAAAGAUGAAACUUGAUACUGCUGAGCAAAAUGAGGUGGCAGAAGACACCGUUGUCAAUGUGGAGAGCAAGCAGCAGUCUCAGCCUCCAGUCAGGGCUAAGAGGGGAAGAAAUGUCAAACAGGAAGAUGAAAAGCUGGAGAGCGAUGACAAGACCACUUCAGAUGAGACUACUAAAUCCCAGGAGCCGGUUAAAAAAUUAAGGAGAACCAGGAAGGCAGAGCAAGAUCAUGCAGAACCAGUCCAAACUGUUGAAAUAGUUGUCCCGGAGGAGGCUGAAGCUCCACUUGCUGCUGAGCCAGCAAAGGUGAAUGAACAAGCUGCCGUGGCUGCAAAACCCCGGAGAGGAGGGCGAAAGGCAAAAGAAGACACGGAGAGUGAAACCCCCGUCGAGUCCACUGAGGUCCCAGCUGUCCGCUCCACAGACAAACCCAAAAGGGGAAGGAAAGGAAAACAAGUUGCGGAAGAAGUAGAAGUCACUGCUGUGGUACCAGAGGAAAAACCUGACCAUGAGCCGGAGGCUGACGAGAAGAAUAAUGUGGAGCCAGAUACUCAGGUCAUCAAACCUAGCAGGGCGAGGGGAGUGAAAAAUGAGGUUUCACAGGUCAUUCCAGCCAAGAGAGCCCGUCGAGGUGCAGUUCUUCCCCUUGAGGAGACCAAACCAGAAUCCACAGUCCUGGUUUCAGAGUCUGCAUCAGCCUCAGUCGAGCCACCCAAAAGGGGGCGACGGGCAGCAGCAAAGCCACCAGCAGAUGAUGCCGCGGCUACAAGUGAUGAGACAAAUCCUGCUGACCAUUUAAGCAGAGCCGGUGUGGAAGACACAAAAACAUCCAAAAAAUCUGUCCAAUGGAAAACCAACUUGGAAGUCUUCGAGAUUGCAAAAGCAACACCCGUAAAGGCUGUUCGAGGUAGGAAGUCAAAACUUGGAGACCAAGUUGACACUGAAACCAAAAAUCUGUCAGAGGGUGCCAGCAAAACUGAAGAGAAGGAUCUCUCAGGUAAAGUUGUCGAAGCUCCACCCGUCAAGAGAGCCAGGCGAGGGGCAAAAGUCGCUGAGGUAACCGCUGACGAAGAGGAGUCCACAAGCAAGGUGACAAGUGUUGAGGCUGAGACGCAGCCAAAAACCCGAAGAGGAAGAUCAGCAAAGAAAUAAAAGCAUGUGUAUAUAUUAAGCAUAAAGUGUUUUUUUUUUUUUUAUUUUUAAAUCUUUUUGUACUUGUCAUUUUUUAAAUUGUAUGGUGUUUUAGGAAGUAGUUUUAUAGACUGAAAAUGAAGCACUGCUUUUUUUUUUUUCCUCAAUACAGCAGGGAAUCUUGUUUUAACCAUAUGUUGUGACAAGUUGUAUGUUGUGCAUUACUUUGCAAAUGUUUUUAUGGUAAAAAGAGUGGUUAUUAAAUUUUUUUUUGUAUAAUGAAAAACUGGUCGG